AUGAUCAGGUCGUCACAGGUCUGGCGUCGUACUGCGGCGUCGUCGGAGUCGGGACGCAGCAGGAGACGUCAGGCCCUGCGUCGGGUGGCAUCAAGCCGGGCAAGAGGUGGUGAGUCAUGGAAAUUUGUGCCCGCUAACAGUUACUUGCAUGCCAUUGUUUCUCUCCCUGCAGGAAAUACAGCUCUUCACAGGGCAGUGAAAGCUGGCAACAUAGAGGCUGUGUACGGACUGCUGAAGUUCUGCCCGGAUCUCUCCCUCCGUAACUCCCAAAGUAAAACAGCAAUUGAACUCCUCCUCCCUGGCGAUGGAUCCUCUACAAACAUUGAAGAACCAUUAAAGGAACUGAUGUUGCAACUGUUUGCCGAUCGCUACUGCACCACCAAGCCUGGUACGCACACCUUCAAUGGUUACUUGAUUGACUGCAAUUGUACCCGUGGUGAAGGGUUCAAGCUCCGCAUAACCAAACAGGAUACAG